AUGCCACCUAAAGCAAAUUACCCUCCGGGUUUUGGAUUACAAAAUCAAUUGACAUAUGGUUCUCAACAAGCCACCACCCAAGGGGAAGGAACUAGCCAAGCUCAACACAUACCGGAAACAUCGCUUGAGAGCCUAAUAAAGGAAUAUAUGGCUAAAAAUGAUGUUGUGAUACAAAGUCAACAAGCAUCAUUGCGAAAUUUGGAAGUUCAAGUAGGUCAAUUAGCAAAUGAGUUACGAAAUAGACCUCUUGGUAAGCUGCCAUCAGACACCGAAAUGCCAAAAAGAGAAGGAAUGGAACAAUGUCAAGCCAUAGAGUUAAGAAGUGGGAAAGAAAUAUCCAGCAGAGAAGAAAAAAUUAAAGAACACAGUGAUAGUCGCUCUCAAGAAACUGCUGAUACACAGCAGAGAAAGGAGGAAGCUGUUGUGCAGGAAGAGCAUAACAAAAAUGAUGCAGAAGCUCUUGUACAAAAAGAACACAGCAGAAAUUAUGCAGAAAUUAUGAAGCCUCCUAAAACGCAAACAUCAGUCAACAGUGGACAAGAAAGUAGAAUAUACACACCAACACCUCCUUUUCCACAAAGAAUAAAAAGAAAGAAGGAAGAAGCCCACUUUGAGAAGUUCAUGGACAUAUUUAAGGAAAUUCACAUAAAUAUACCAUUAGUUGAAGCUUUGAAGCAAAUGCAAAAUUAUGUGAAAUUCUUGAAAGAUGUGCUCACCAAUAGAAGAAAGUUUGAAGAAUUCAAGGUGGUACCAUUGAAUGAAGAGUGUAGUGCAAUAUUGAAAAACAAGAUCCCACUAAAAGAGAAAGACCCCGGUUCAUUCACAAUUCCAAUAUCAAUAGGAGGGAAGAAGCUAGGUCGAGCAUUAUGUGAUUUGGGAUCAAGCAUUAAUCUAAUGCCGCUGUCUAUUUACAAAAAGUUAGGUAUUGGUGAAGCUAGACCAACUACAGUCACUCUUCAACUAGCAGAUCGAUCUUUCACUCAUCCAGAAGGAAAAAUCGAAGAUAUCCUAAUUCAAGUGGACAAGUUCAUAUUUCCAGCUGAUUUUAUCAUUUUGGAUUAUGAAGCGGAUCAUGAUGUGCCAACUAUCUUGGGGAGACCAUUUUUGAAAACUGGAAGAACAUUAGUAGAUGUCCACAAGGGAACCAUAAUGUUGAGAAUGAAUGAUCAACAAAUAGAAUUUCAUAUGAAUGACAACAUGAAAUAUCCAGCAGUAGUAGAGGAAUGCUCAGCAAUUUAUAAAUUGGCAGAGAAUCUAGCAACUGAUAGUUGGAAACAGCAGCAAGAAGAAGACAGCAGCUGGAAUAAUGGCACUACAGGACAAGCAGAAUUGGAGAAAACUGUAAGAGUUUUUGAAUCACUAGAAUUAGAGGAAAGUAUAAAUUCAUCGAUGAAGUUAUCUAUCAAUGACACAUUCUUGAACUACAUCUUAGAAGAAGAACUAUUUGAUAUAUGGGAGAUAAACUUCACGAAAUUAUCCCCACCCACUUCAAGAUGGAGAGUUUCAAAGGGGCAUCACUUCUUUGACAAUGGAUAA